AUGGCGUCUUGGCCAGAAACACGUGAACAGUCAGAGCUCGAUCUAACUGAUGAAGAAGACCCAGAACCUAUGCCAAUAUUUCAAAAUGAAGAGAAAAUUAGUUCUGGUUCCGGUUCUUCAAACUCAGAAGACGAAACUCGUCCGGGUUCUGAAAUAUCUCUGGCCUCAUACACUACAGCUACCACUAGGUAUCGUGCUAGAACGAGAGAUGAACCUAGGACACUUGGAGGAAGG